AAAUCAGUUGAGGUUCCUUGAUUGGCCUGGAUUUCCAUCACAAUCUUUGCCAUCCGACUUCAAUCCACAAAAAACUUAUCAAGCUCAAUAUGCCAAACAGUCACAUCUCACGACUUGGGCAAGGAUUCAAGAAUUUACAAAAUUUAAAAUCUCUAAGUUUUGAAAGUUGCAAAUUCCUAAUAGAGGUCCCUGACUUGUCUGGAAUGUUCCCAAACUUGGAUAUGUUGAAUUUAAGUUUCUGUACAGAAAUUGUGGGACGGAUGGAAUCCUUAACAACCAUGAAAGUUGGUCAAACUGCCAUAAAAGAAUUGCCUUCAUCAAUUGGAUCAUCUUUAAUCUUCAAUCUUUGUCUUUAUUCUCAUGCGAAAACCUUACAAAUCUUCCACUCAGCAUUUAUGAGUUGCAAGAGCUACGGAGUCUUGGACUCACAGGUUGCCCAAAAUUGGUGCUACCUCCAUUUCCGAAGAAGGUGGAAUACUGUAAAGUGCCAACUCCAACGUCCAGCUCAAAGAUUUCACAUUACGGCAAGGCAACUUCAUCAGAAAGAAAAAGUCAUUGUGACCGUCGUGGUGGUGAUGAUGAUGAUCAAGGUAAUUUAGCGUUUCCUUCACUACGUUACUUCCUUGUGGGAGGAUGCUAUACUUCGGACCGUGAUUUUAUUGUGAGGCUGGGUUGUGCCUCCACCUUAACAGUGCUUGAUUUUCCAGAAAGCAAUUUUGUUAGUCUUCCCACUGGCCUUACCAAAUUUAUCAACUUGGAGAAGCUUUACUUGAAUGGGUGCAAGAGGCUUCAAGAAGUUUCGGAGCUUCCACCAAAGUUGGAACUGUUAGAUGUGAGAGACUACGUAUCAUUGGAAAGAAUUUCAGAGUUAUCAAACAUUUUGAAAUAUCAAGAAUCGCAAAUGUUUGAGUGGUUGGACUUGACCAAUUGCUGGAGACUGCGUGACAAUCUGAUU